AUGAAAACCUUCCGGAAGCUGGUAGUCAUGGUGCUACUAUUGCUAAUUUAUUUGUUAACAUUACAAGUUGGUGACGCAGAACACAACCACACGAAAAUUUCAAACACCACAAGCGAUCGCGAAAUUAUUUUGGAGGAAGUAAUCAUUGCCGGAAGUGGAAAUAAUACUCGCAUAAUUGCGAAUGCAGUAGCAAAAGAUGCAUCGAAGUUCGACGAUGAAGUAUUAUCGCUUUUGUCUAAACGCGAGAUACAGGAGAGAGGACAUUCGAAGCAGACAUCGUCAUAUCAAGACGAUCAAGAUACGGCACAAUCGCGUGCUGCGGUCAUUAAUGCGAAUGAAGAAGAUGAGCUGGAAAUAAUGAGUCAUGUGAUCGCGAAAUACGAACCGCAGAGACUCACUAGAAAGACUAAGAGGAAAAUCAUCGAUGGCUCGAACGAUACUCACGAUGUUCACGAUAAGGUUGAAGGAUCGAUAACAGAUAUCGAGAAGGCUUACGCCGAGGUGUUGAAAAAUAUCUCGCGAAAAGCGCCCGAAUUGACAGUGAACAAUGCCGAUGUAGCAUUAAAUCCUUAUUUAUCCUUGGCAAAAAAGCAACUGAAACAAAUUUAUAUUCCGAAGGGAAUGAUCCCUUCGGCGACUAACGACAGAGCGGAAAAUUCACAUUCCGAUGUUGAGCCUACAUUUACAUUACCUACUUCAAACAGCAAGAAAUCGAAAAGAUUACUUAAGAAAUAUUUGCAAUUAAAUCGUACCGCCACAACUCCACGAUUCUCAUCGGAUGAAGAAUCAAAUUUCGACGAGGAAUCUGCUAAUAAUAAACUAAGCACGCCUGCAUUAUUCGAGGUUUCCAACGGAAUAACGAAGGUGAAGAACGGAUCAUUAUCUGUACCAACUUCAAAUGUUUAUUCCGAUUCAACGAAGAAUCCUAAAACCCGUCAUGAAUGGGACGUUAAAGAUUCUUCAAUUCAAACUAUACCUCCAUUAACUUCACAAUUAAAUAACAGUAACUUUAAUAACAUUAUUAAUGUAAAUAAUUUAAAAAAUUUGAAUGUUUCCAAUUAUGCGAAUGCUGAUCAAUUACUGCCGAAGUACAACAUAGUGCCAAGACCAUUUUCCAUAUUACAAUCGCCCAAUUCAUUUGUCAUCACAAAUGAUGCACAUAGAAAACCGAGCGUUUUACCAACGGAUUUUAAUCGUCAACAACAGAUUGUCCGUUCUUCUGCAAACAUUCUUCCAUUGGUUCUUCCAACAGAUUUAUUUAAUCCGCUCCCAACACGCCGUUAUAUUCCAAUAAAGCGUAUAAAUCAUCUCAAUCCUGAAGGAAAUUCAGCAACAAUUGUUAGCACCGAAGCGAGUUUGCCAACGAGUCCCAUAGGGAAAAAGACUACCCUUACAGAUUAUGGAACUUUUUAUACUGACGUAAUUGCUACUACGAAGAGUCCUUUGGUCACCAUUAACAAUCAGCAAAGUCACGGCUCAUCGGAUUAUUAUGCCAUUACUAAGAGCCCCACAGAACGGACUGUUACGAAGACGAACUUCGCGACGACUUAUAUACCCAAUCAAACAUCCUCUUUGAAUACCGCUCAAGAACAGAAGGACUCUCAAAUCGUUCGCAAGAAAGACUUCUUACCUACAAUCAAUAACUACAACAGUAAUGAGAAAUCGAGUUUAAAUGAAAAUCCUGAAAUCGCGUUAUAUAAAAAAUUCUCAAAUUUAUAUUCAACUAACGUUCCUAAUGUACUCAAUACGCCAAAAGUAAUUACUCAAGACUUUAAAGAAGUAGUGCAGCCAUCGCAACAGCAAGUUUCCACUCUCCCUGACGCAACUUUAAAACCUCUUACUCCUACUUUGUUAAAAAUCCGACCGAUUGCUACCUCUAACCCUACACCGUAUUACGAUAGCAGAUCAUUCGUUUUGCAAGAUGGAAAGCAUAAGAAAAACAGCGAUGAAAACGUCGGAACGAAUGAGCAGUCUCGCGUCGAAGACGUUGACGUGACUGAAAAAGAAGAUGACGAUGUUGAAAAUUUUAAAACUCAAGUCAAUGAAAAAGCUUAUAAAACGCCGAAUAAACUGAACGAGAAAAAAGAUCGCGAAGAAGAAGAGGAAGAUCAUUAUCCGCAGCAAAACCGUAAUUAUCAAGACAAAUAUUAUGAAUAUGAUGAAAAUGACAGAAGUAGUAAAAAUGACGAUAGACACGAAAAAUAUGAGAAUGUUUGGCGUGAGAAUAACGACGAUGGAGAGGAAGAUGAAACGGAAGAGGAAGAAUAUGAUGACAACAUCGACAAAAAUAAAGAUGAAGAUAAUGACGAUAAUCGUCAAUACAAUAAGUACAAAUAUGAUAGAGAUAAUUCUGAUGAGAAACAACGUGAAAAUCCACGCCAAGAGAAAUAUAACAAACCAAAAAAUCGUCGUGAUAAACAUGAUGUUGAUCAUAAACAUGAUGUUGAGCGAUUUGAAGACAAGAAUAAGUAUUUUGAAUCACUAUAUAAUGAUGACGAAAUUCAUGAGCGGAAUAAAGAAUAUCGCGAUCGCUCAGAUCAAAAGAAAUUAAUAGGCAAUAACCAAUAUAAGAAGGAUCGACAAGAUCGCAAGUAUAAAGAAUUUGAAGAUGAGAGCGAUGCCAAAAACAAACCGUUUAUUCAACGUUCUAAAGAGCUACGUUCUUAUAAACAAAACGAAAGAGAUGAAGAGGAACAAAGCAAUGACGAUGAUAAGCAGAAAUAUCACAGUUAUGCUUCUCCACGAAGAGACUCGCUUCGCGACAAGCAUCCGAGUGAAGAAUAUAGUGAAUCUAAUCCUGCACACAUACAUGAGGAAUAUCAUAAUCAAAGGGUCAAGGAUGAUCAUCGUGAUGAUCAUCGCAGACAUGAUGGUGAAGAGCAGGAUAAUGGUAAAGAGGAAGCGCGUGAUCAUGUGCACGGUGAGACUCAGGAACAUGCAGAAACCCAUAAACAUGAAGAACACGAUGGAAAGAAGAAAGAUAUAGAAAAUUACAAGUUUGAAAAAGGUGGCGGCGCAGAACAUAAAGAAGAACACCAUGGGCAUGAGAAAGAGAAAGGCGACAAGGGGUAUAAAGUCUGGCACGAACACGAGAAGGCUGAGAAGGGACAUCACGAUAAGGAGCAUGCCAGCAAACACUAUGAUGAAAAUGCUGGCGAGGAGAAGAAACACGAAGAAGAGGGUGGAUAUCACGAGGAACAUAAGCAUGGUGAAGGAGGCCAGAAGACAGCUGAAUUUGGUGAAAAAGGCGAACACAAGAAGGGUCACAGUACCCAUGGGGAACAUUCCGUACAUAAAAAGGACGAAUAUGAAAAGAAGACAGAGUUCUUUGAUGAGUUUAACGAAGAUGGUGGCAUAGAGAAGCACGGCGAACACCAUCACGAUCAUGAAUCGAAGAAAGGCGGUCACGAGAAGAAGGGCCAUCACGAUAGUUCGGAUCACGAGGAGAAAUAUGGCAAGGAGGGGAAGCACGAGAAAGGCGGUCAUCAUCACGAACACAAGGGCCAUAAAGUCGACGAAGGCCAUGACCAUCAUUACGAUCAUCAUCAUAAGCAUGGCAAGAAGGAGGGGCACGAGCAUGGGAAAAAGUGGAGUUUCAAAAAAGGCGAUGGUGAUGACCACAAGCAUAAUCGCUGA